UGUGCGCGCCGAUAUUAAAUUUCUAACCGUGCGCCGCCGUAGCCCGUAUGCGCGCGCGCCUUGGCUCCUGCUGCUAUAUCAGUUACUCGGGGGAGCUGGAGCGCGAGACCGAUGCGACGUGGCUACAGUGCCGGGGAGACGGUCGGGCAGGGAGUUAGGCGCGCAUCUAUCCCCUCGUCCCAGUGGCUUGUUCGCCCCCGGCCACCGGCCGCUUCCGGGAUUUGGCUAGCUCCUUCCUUCUCCAAUCACUCCAGCUCCACGUACGCUUUGCUAGCUAGCUCCAAGCUAGGGCGGCUGGCUUCUUCCAGCGGCCGGGUAGCUAGCAGCGAGCUUAAGAUAGGGGCUCGAUCUGGUAAUGCCGUUGCUCAUGGGGAGAUCCGCGCGGAGGCUCGUCGUCGUCGCCUGCGGCUUCGGGGUGGCUGUAGCUCUCGUCGUCUCCCUUUGCUUCGUCGGCAGCGGCCGCUACACGGGGAGUGGCGGCGCGCUCGCUUCGGAUUUCCGGAGGAUGGCAGCAGGAACCCAUCCCGGUGAUCAGCUGGUGACUGAGGAGCUGGUUUACGCCGGCCGGCGGCUGCUGUCGGCGGGUCCGGGGUCGCACCCGCCGCGGUGCACGUCCAAGUGCGGCAGCUGCAUCCCCUGCUACCCGGUGCACGUGUCCGUGCCGCCGAGGGUGCUGGUGACCACGGAGUACUACCCGGAGGCGUGGCGGUGCAAAUGCCGGAACCAGCUCUACAUGCCGUGACACGAGCCAUUCGGCGCGUGAACGGAACCGCGCAUGCAGGAGAUGAGACGGCGAAGAGGACGGCCUGACCGACGGCGCCUGCCGAGCGAGCGAGCACGACGCCGGGAGCCACGCCAUUGCAUCAUUGCGCGCACCGCCCGGGGUACGUGCCUGCGUGGUGGCCGGCGCCGUGCGUCCGUGCGCGUGCACCCGCGUGGGCCACAUGAGUCUCGUGUCGUGACACGGGCGUGUGUGUGUUAGACCGGCGGUGCGCGGGAGGCCGGGCGUGGUGGCCUACCGCGGGCAGGGGCGGCCAGCGCGUGUCUGUGACUGCGCUAGCUGCCGUGUUAGCGCUUGCAUUGCCGCCUCGCUCAGGAUCGACCAGUUCGCCACGGCCCUACCACGAGGCACGCAAAGGCAGGGCAGCGCGCGGUGGUAAAGAAAGCUGCGGCUGCUUCUCCAGGCGACUGUUCAUAUUGUACAUAUGAUUUUGUCUAUGCCUCUCUGGCUUUCUUGGCAAGUCAAAAAAUGAUUUUCCCGCCUCUGUA